CGAGUAACAAAACAAGACACGAUAAUUGAAAAUUACUUACUUAGAUCAAAUAAAAGUGUUAACGUGCCCUACCAAGUUCUCGUCUUCUCUGUUCUUCCUCCCUAAGAACCAGAAUUCCCCAUUGAAGCAAAAAUCGAAGAUCAUUGAAGUGAAAGAGGAGGAGAGAGAAGAAAAAUGGCGGGAAUGGGAGAUGGGUAUGUGGGCAGUGCCCAAGAUGCCGUCAGAAUAAGGAGGCUUGAGAAGCAACGAGAAGCUGAGCGUCGCAAAAUUGAAGAGCUCAAGAACAAAACUUCUUCUACUCAAGGCCAAGCUGGUCUUCUUCAAUUUGGUUCCGGCACUUCCGAGAUUCUUGAGACUGCAUUCAAGAAAGAAACUAUUGGUCUUGUUUCAAGGGAGGAAUAUGUCGAGAAGAGGGUCAAUAUUCAGAACAAAUUUGAGGAGGAAGAGAAAGAGAAACUACUGAAGCUACUGGAAGAGGAAGAAAAGCUUCAGUUAGAAAAGCGUCAAAAGAGGAAGAGAAAAGUGAAUGCCCGGUUAUCAUUUGCUGAAGAACUGGACAAUGGGUCUGAAGAAGAAGAAGAAAUUAAUAAUGAGGAACCAGUCAAAUUAAAAUGUGGAAAGCUUGGCAAAGAUCCUACUGUUGAAACUAGUUUUUUGCCAGACAGUGAGAGAGAAGCAGAAGAACAAGCGGAAAGAGAGAGGUUAGGAAGACAAUGGCUUCGUGAGCAGGCAAUGAUAAAAAAUGAGCCUCUUCAAAUCACGUAUAGUUACUGGGAUGGAACAGGUCAUCGACGAGUAAUCCAGGUGCGCAAAGGUGAUGCUAUUGGGGCAUUUCUUCGGGCAGUUCAGCAGCAGCUUGCUCCUGAAUUUCGUGAAGUUCGGACUACUACUGUGGAAAAUCUGCUUUAUGUGAAAGAGGAUCUAAUCAUUCCACAUCAACACAGUUUCUAUGAUCUGAUCAUAAACAAGGCCAGAGGCAAAAGUGGACCGCUUUUCCAUUUUGAUGUACAUGAAGAUGUUCGAACAAUUGCUGAUGCAACAAUUGAAAAGGAUGAGUCGCACGCUGGAAAAGUUGUAGAAAGACACUGGUAUGAGAAGAACAAACACAUUUUCCCUGCAUCAAGAUGGGAGAUAUAUGACCCAGCAAGAAAAUGGGAAAGAUACACGAUCCAUGGAGAUUAAUCGACCCAAGAAAAAGAUUCGACCUGUAACAGAGACAUUUGUUUUUGAAAUUUAUUUUAGCAUAGUUCUGUAUCUAAACUUACAUUUUAUUGUAUUUUUUUUGCUGCUAAGAGGAAAGAACAUGAUUUUUGAAGUUUAGUUGUCGUUUUCUCUGUUCCCGUUCCUUACUGAGUUUUGAGACGAGAUUAUAGAUUAAUCCAUACGUGUAAGUUUUAAGAGAAAAGAUGAACAGACUUAGAUCACUAUGAAAAAUAUUUUGAUCCAGCUGACUUUGUCGAGGACAAAGUGAUGACAUUAUUUCACUCUAA